AUGGCCGCGACCUCCAGCGCCGGCACCGCCGCAACACUGUUGCCGCACCUCUUCCCGGAGCGCAAGCCCAUGACGCCCGGACAGAUCACCGCCGGCAUCAACGCCGCUCUGGAAGUCCAGAGGAGGGCUGUCACGUUCGGCAAGCGGCCGUUCGCAGCCGUCCUCCUGGGUCCCGACAACGAGACCGUGCUUCUCACGCACCAGAGCAUCGACCAGGUCAACCAUGCCGAGAGUUCUCUGGCGCGGCUAGCAUAUACUCAUUAUACGAAGGAGUUCUUGUGGCAGUGCACUCUGGUCAGCACUUGGGAGCCAUGCGGCAUGUGUACUGCCACCAUCUAUUGGGCACAUAUUGGUCGCAUUCUGUUUGCAGGGACGAACGAUCAGCUUUACGAAUUGACGGGGCCAGGCAACAAGGAAAAUUUCACAAUGGACUGGCAUACGAAGGACUUCUUGAAGGGGUGCCCGCAGAAAGAUGUUGAGGUUAUCGGGCCCUUGGAGGCUGAAGGCAAGGUGGUUAUGGAAGAGAGCGACAAGUACUGGAGUAAGACGAGACUUGCGUCAAGCUGA